AUGUCCUCAAAACUUAGGUCGUUCAGCCCGCCUCCGCCGCUACGUUCUUCACUUGUCAAGAGUCCCCCAGAUGCUGUGCCGCCGACGGACGAGCUCCAGUUGCUUCAAACGGAGCUCAUGCUUCUAAAGCAGAAGACAAUGGAUAGAGCAAAGAAGGCCGGAGAGGACCUGAAAGCUCUGGAGGAAUCAUUCAGACGGAUGAAGGAGCGAGAGAAAGGGAAAGCCAAGGCCAUUGAUAGAGUGAAGCGCGAACGCGAUUAUACACCCCUGCUUGAAGCCGAUGAUUCGAGGCUAUCCAAUCCCGUCCAUUCGCUCCCAUAUAAACCUCGAAAUACAUCGAUACCGCUGGGGUCAAUACCACCAUCAUCUACGCGCUCGUCUCUUGACCCCCGGCGAUCCCUCGCCGACGAUGCGCGGAAGAAGAAGAAGAAACGGAAACGAGAUAUCGACGACAGCGAUGUCGAGAUGGACCCUCCGCGACCACGAAAGGCAACUCCUCCGGUCACCCACAUACAUCCCCCAAAGGCACUUAAAACGACACCCUCGGUUUCGCAUCCUCCUUCAAAGCGUUCCCUUCUGCCUACCCGACCUCCCCUUCCACCGACACCUGUUGCGGGACCAAGCAAACCUACAGAGGUAAUGGAAGACUUUAGCAAACUGAAGCAACCUGCGCAGACUGUCGUAGCCACAUUCUAUACCAGUAUCGAGCCAUGGAUACGUCCAAUUAAGGAAGAAGACGUGGGUUUCCUAGAACACACAGGGGACGAGGUCGAACCUUUCAUCAUGCCCAAGCUCGGUCGACAUUAUACGGAGCUAUGGGAAGAGGAGGAUAUGGGGAUUUUGGCGAUGCCUUCCGAUGCAGAUCCUUCGAUAUUUGCUCCGCCGGAUCCUAAAUUUGAGCCGUCGCAACUGGGUGAAACUGAUGUCUUGAAUGAGGAGAAGGGACACGGACCACUGACGGAGAGAGUUAUCGCGGCGCUGUUACCCGCCCCAGACUUGACUUGGAAAGGCGUAAAGGCUGCGGAGGACGCGAUGGAAGGUCGUCCUGGUGGUAGUGGAGCAGCAGCGGCGCGAAGGGAGAAAAUGAACGUCACCGAUUUGGAAGCCAGAAUCCGAGAUACGAUGCGUAGUAAUGGCCUGCUAGAUGGCAUGCCUGAUUACUCAGAAAAGGUCGACGAUCCCAUAUCUACCGCACUUCGGCAAGCACAGCGUGAAUUACGUGUUGUACUUGCGACGAACAAGAAGCGCCGAGAACGUCUCGUGGCCAUCGCCCGUGAUCGGCUAGCCUACCAAGAAUACGUCGAGCUUCGUGAUUCGAUUGACAAGAACAUCAAUUCCUUAUUCUCGAAGUUGCAGAAGAAGGACGGCCCAAAGCUUGGGAGGAAAAAGAAAGGCAAAGCCUCUGAAGCGGCCGCUCCUACGCCGGUGCCACAGAAGACAAAUGGUAAUGGGGGCAAGCCUUUGGGUGGAAUAUCUGCAUUGCCGCCAUGUCCUGCGGCGCUUGGAUUAGGGCCUGACGACGAGAACAAGUUGGUGUUACCGGAGCACCUGAAGCAGUUGGUGGAGACGAGGCGGCAAUGGGUUGACCAGGUCGGAGCGGUGUUUGAGGAAAAGGAGAGGGAGGAGCCAGGGAGAGUAUGGGGUGUACCGAAGGAGAGUGUAUUCAGAGGGAUUGAAGACGAGGUUGAGGCGUUGUUGUUGGGUGGCUAUGGGAAUGGGAAGAAACCCGACUCACCGGUGGAACGACGUCAGUGGACCAGUAGCACAGGCGCGAGCGGUCAUGGCAAAGGAAAGACGAGAGCCGAUGCGAUGGAUGUUGGAUGA